CUUCGUCGGCCAGUUAUCACUUUCGUACGAAAGAUUUAGCCAAGUUUUUAGUUUUAGACUACUGUAUUGAGUCCCAACGGACAGGAGAGCCCCAUCCUAUUCACUCAUAUAGAAGAAGAGGUUUUCCCGAGAUACUUGGUCGAUAUAUUCAUCCCUAUCCAGUACUCAUGGACAAUUUCCUUCUAAGACCUCCUCUAUAAGCCAAAGACAGACAACAACCAAAGAGACCUUCGACAAGAUGAUGACAACUACUCUUAUACGUCUCGCGCGGCGGACACAUUCUAAGCUGCUUUCUAUAUUGUUUCCUCACCCCCGGCUGGCGUCGAACACAGACCAGAACAUUUCCGAGAAGUCCAAAGCCAAACAGCAGGGACUUUGCGGUGAAGCGCUGGUCCUAGCUUCUCAGCUCGAUGGCAAAACCUUUCGUCUUCCAGACCUAUGGAAGGUGUUCUCAGACUGGCCGCUAGCCGCGAACCCACACGCGGAGAGGCUUGAGGUCCUAGUUGACACGUUGUUGGAGCGCAUCAUCACCAAUGAGAAGAAGCUCAAGGCUCUGAAGCAGGCUAACUUUGGCCGUCUCAUCUCCCUCUGGUAUCCUGACGCAGAAUGGCCCGAGCUUGAGAUAGCCGCGGCCUACUCUGUGUGGAUAUUCGUGUGGGACGACGAGGUCGACGCAGGAGACACUGACGUGUCGAACGACGAAGAGUUGUCAAGAGCCUAUUACAAGAAAUCUCUGAGCACCAUCCACAACCUGCUAGGUCUUGAUCCCAGCGAGGAGGGCAAGGAGCAAGUAUUCGAGGAUGAUCAGUCAUUACACCCCAACAUGGCAUUAUUUGCCGAUGUCGGUCGUGGAAUGCGUGCUACUACAGACAAGAUCCAAAGAGAACGCUUCUACCGGGAACUGGAGAGCUUCAUGGUUCAGGUAGGUGUGGAACACGUCCAUCGCAUGAGGGGUGACAUCCCGACUGUGGCCAAAUACACCGAGAUUCGAUCCGGUUCUGUUGGAUGUGCCCCUCAAAUAGCCAUUACAGACGCCAUGCUCAAAGUCAGGUUACCUGAGUCUAUAAUGGAGUCCGCAGCUAUGAGGGCUCUUUGGAAGGAGACCGUCGUCAUAUGUUUUAUUCUUAACGACAUAUACUCGGUCCAGAAAGAAAUAGCACAAGCAUCGCUCUUGAACCUGGUCCCCGUGAUGUUCAAGAACUGCGAUCCGGAAAAGCAGAAUCUCGAUACGGUUACUCAAGAUAUCGAGAUCGCACUGCAAAAAGCUAUGAAGGGGUUCGAAGACGCAGCAGCGUCUCUCACUGAGAUGACCCCUGAUGAUGCACAAGUAAGCAAAGAUACACAAUCGUUUAUAAACUGGUGUCGUUAUUUCAUUACUGGUGUUCUACAAUGGAGUUUGGAAUCUAGGCGUUAUGGAAUGGCGCAGUGCUUGCAGGAGGAUGGUUCCCUUAACAUAGUGCUUUGAACACAUUGGGUCGGCGUUAGGAUAACUGGACAACUACUAGGUAUACCACCAUGCAUCAUCAUUUUCUUUUUACAUAGUAAACAACUUAGAUUCUUUAAACUACAUGGCCCUGGUUGCAUUGGAA